UGGUCGAGAGAUUUUAUUACGUUGUAACUUUCCCACUCUCUAUCUCAUAGUUUGUUAUUGCCAGUUACUGCACAAUCAUGCAGAUAAGACUCAUAAACUAUAUUUCGUCUGUUUUUAUACAAUUUAAUAAUUAUAAUACGAAUAAAAAAAAAUUAAUAAUUUAAUAAUUUGAUAAUUUACAAAUCGAAUUUUGAUUUAUAAAUUAAAUAAAUAAAACAAAAUAAAAAGAAGUGUUUUUUAAAUAAUUAAUUUAAUUCUUUGCUUAUUUAUAUGAAGCUUUUGAUAAAACUUAAUUGAAUUAUUUAUUGCAAAAAAACUCAAUUUGUAAUAAUGGAAACAAUAAGUGAUCCAUAUCGAAGACAUCUAUUCGACAACGAUUCUAUAUUUAAUGUUUACAAUGAAGAAACAACGAAUUUAUCAGUUGGUGCUCCCGGCCCUGAUCUACUCCAAUAUUGUGUAGAAAUGAUAAAAAAAGCAACAGAUCAUCGAUUGGAAGAAGAAAAGAAAGAAGGAAAGUAUUAUUUGUUUCAAUAUGGCAUCACAGCAGGCUUAUGGGAAUGUCGUGAAGAAUUAGCAAAAUUUUUAACUAGACGUUACGGUGAUCCUGUAAAACGUGAAAAUUUAAUUUUAACAUGUGGAGCUUCACAUGGUCUGCAACUUUUAUUGAAUACUAUUAUCGCUCCAAAUGGAAUAAUAUUUGUAGAGGAAGUCACUUAUAUGAUAGCCUUAGAUACUUUUAAACAAUUUCCAUUAAUGAAAAUAAUCACAGUACCAAUGAAAAACGAUAUGGUAGAUGUUAAUGCAUUUGAAAAAAUAGUUAUGGAACAGAAAUGUGACCAUAAUUUUUUAACAAAUGAGCAAAAAAUAUUCUGGGCUAUGUUUUAUACAAUACCCACUUUUCAUAAUCCAACUGGAUCAACUUUACUUGUUGGAAAUUGUAAACGUCUCGUUGAAAUAGCACGAAAAAAUUCUAUAAUAAUCGUUUGUGAUGAUGUAUACAACUUAUUGUAUUAUGGAGAUGGUUUACCACCACAUAGAUUAUUUUUUUAUGACCAACCAACAGAUUCUGAAUAUCGAGAUGGCAAUAUUAUAUCUAAUGGGACAUUCUCAAAAAUUUUUUCUCCUGGUCUUCGUUUCGGAUGGAUAGAAUGUAGUCCACGAAUUGCCAAGAUUUUUAGACAAUCAGGAAUUUUAUGCAGCGGUGGUGCAGUUAAUCAUUAUAUAUCCGGUAUUGUCACAAGUUUAUUACAAUUAAAUAUGCAAGAUAAUUACCUCGAUAAAUUAAUACAAAUAUAUAAGGAACGAUUAUCUGUAUUAUGUAAUAUAUUGGAUCAUUGUUUACCACAAGGCUGUUCAUAUAAAAGACCAGAAGGUGGUUAUUUUGUAUGGAUUCAUCUUCCCUUAGAUAUAAAAGCUAGUAAUUUUAUUGAAUGGUGUCAAGAAACAUUUAAAGUAUCUGCCAUACCAGGGAUACGUUUUUCAUAUUUAGAAAAAUCUAAUAAUUUUCUACGACUUAGUAUAAGUUUUCAUAAAAAAGAAAUUUUAGAAACUGCCACAAAAACUCUUUGCAAAGCUCUUUUUAAUUAUAUGCAUAAUGUAUAAUUAUACAUAUAUCAGAAUAAAUAUGAAAUAUAAAUAGUUAUAUGUAAUUAAUUAUAUAAAAAAUAAGAAUUAUAUAUAAUGUGUAAUAAUUUGCUAAAUACUAAGUCCCUUUCGUUGAAAUUUUUCAUGACCUUUCUGCAUAAUUGUGGCUGAAUUUCGUUGAUGCAACAUUUAAUUUCCUCUUGUAAUGCACGUGUGGUUGUGAGAUUGUUGACAGAUCUUUGACUUCAAAUAACUUCAUAAGAAGAAAUUUAAUGGUGUUAAAUCACAUGAUCUAGGGGGAUAAUUUUGAUCACCGAAACGAAAGUGCAUGACUAGGAAAUAUCUCAUGCAGUAAUUGAAUUGUUUUAUUGGCUGUAUGGCAUGUGGCAUCGUUUUGUUGAAAUCAUAUAUUGGCCAUAUCAAUAUCACUCAAUUUCGGUAGAAAGAACUGUAUUAUCAUGUCGCCAUAUCGAGCACCAUUAAUAGUUGCUGCUUGCUCAGCCUUAUUCUCAAAAAA